UUCUUAUCAUACAAGGGAUGUUGUAUAGAGGCUGGCCACCUGCCUAGGGGUGCUGUUGUUGUGAAGAACAUCUUUUAGUGCAGCGACAAACCAAAAACUGGUGCUACAUAUGGAACUAGCCGAGGCCACGGUAUUAAUCCUCAUCAUCACACAGGGAACUAGUACCCACAUGGCUUUACUUUGGCGCUAACCGAGAUUUUCAUCCGAUCCACUACGCGAUAAGAUACUAUAAGGAACCUUAAGGAUGGUCCCCCCCCCCCCCCUCUUUCUCCUCAGUUUUCUAGGCACUCCGCUCAAAACCGAGGCCACAAUGCGAUUCUGGAAUGCCUUGGUUGCAAUCACUCUACUUCCGAUCGUCGCGGCUAGUUUCCACCUUGGCAUUGUGACUGGUGACGACUACGACCUCGCGCCAGGAUCCGGCACGACCCAACUUUGGACGGUUUUGCUCCCAUCGGGACAAGAUGGUUGCCGUCAGGCAUUCGCCUUGAGACCCCCCCAAGUUAGGCGGGAUACCGCCGGCCUCGAAGGGGUGGCCGUCCAGCUCGGCUCAAUAGUAAACGUUACACUUUGCGGGCUUCUCGUUACGGUACACCCUACGCUUGACAGGUGGUCCACCUGGAACGACACCGGAAAGUGUUACCCAACUUAUCCGGGUACCUCCACAGUGCAUUUUGCGAGGUGUAAAAGUACCAACAGCAUUAUUUACUACGAUAUGUACUGGUGCGAUUCGUACUUGUGCGGAGAGACCUAGGGACCAAUGCAGAAGAAAUCAGAAAUCUUCAUCUAGCUGCCUGACAAGGCUUGGUUGUGUUAGCCAAAAAUUGUUGUAAAACACCCUUGAAAUGAUCAAUCACUUGCAUAC